ACCGACCGUCUGUGCGUACGUUCCGUCCUGACGGUACGCAUUAACCGAUCGUCAGUUUGCUUCAUUCAGUGCUCUCCUGACCAACAAUCUGACCAGAUUGGUAUAGUCGGUACGCAAAAGGGAAGCGUUUGCAAAUAGUUUAAUUGCUGCUUAUUAUUUUCGAAAACGUUUAAGGAACGUUUUAAGUUUUUUUAAUUAUUUCAGAAUGUCUAUCAAGUUUUGAUGAAUCAGCACAUACUUCUUGCCAGGCCUUUAACUUGGCAUCGCGAUCUUUAUAUAACACGUGGCCUUUGUCCCACAGCGGUUCACGAACUUCGGUGAUUGGGCGCUCGGUGUCGAUAUAUUUGGUCACGUUUAAUAUGAAAUCGCUUUUUUUGAUGAUGAUACCCACAUCCGUACGGUCGGUCCACCGAUCGGUGCAGCACUGAACGCGUUUAUUUGUUUCCAUUGCGCGUCGGUCGACCGACGACACGCAUGCGGACGCGCUAGACCGACGGUCCUCGUACGCAGUGCAUUGCAAUAUACGCGUGCGUACGGUCAGUCCAGCACUGUAAUGAUUUAUGAAUUUUCAUAUAAACGACAAGCGCGACUGACGUACGCACAGACGGUCGGUGGAGCACUGUAACCGGCCGAAGCGUUGCUGUAGUUGGAACAUUCAACGUUGAGCAUUAUCCCGCUUAAUGCGCUCCAGUGCUGUCAUUGGAAAACAGGGAAUAUCAUUUUUCAUAAAAAUUAGAACAUAAAUUAAAAUAAGACGUGACUCAAAGGUCUAGGUUACCAGGUUAUAAAAUCCCUUAUUUUUUUUAUUAAGUGUAUAAUCAUCGCAUGGGCUAUGCGCGUGUCUUCCCAUUAAGUCGCCAUUUUGAAAUUUAAUAAGAAAUGGAAAUUUGAAAAUAUUUCAUGCUGUUUGUUAGUAGAUACCCAGUGUGAAUUUUACUGAGAUAAUAAUAGCUACGUUCCGAAAAUAACACUAGACGAUGUCGGACAAAAAGCGUUUACUGAACGAUCUUAGAGUAAUAGACUUGCGUGCCGAAUUAGAGAAACGUAACCUAGACAAGAGCGGUGUUCGUGGUGUUCUGAUACAACGCCUGUCGAAGUAUUUGGAAGAGGAGGGACAUGAUCCGACCACUUUUAAAUUUGAAUUGACGACCUCUGACGCAAAGACACCUUCAAAGCGAACAAGGCGAACGGAAAGCUCCCUAGAGCAGGAAAGCGACGAGACGCCGCUUAUGGAAGAUAUGAUCGUACAGGACGACGCUGGGGAAGAAGAAGAAAUUGAACAGAACAUUAAACAAAAAUCAAGUGACGAACCUAACAGCAAAUCCAAUAUGGAAGUUGACGAAAGUGAUAAAAAUAGUAGAAAAAGAGAAUUAAAGGAUGAUCAAGAAACCACCCCGGCUAAAAAACCCUGUAUUCAUAAAGAAAAGAAUGAUGAAGACCAUAAAGAAAACACAGAUGCAGAUGAUAGUAUCAACUUAGAUAUUGGAGAUGACGAAUUACUUAAUGAGGAGACUGACACCAACACCAAAAGUAAUAAAAAAGAUGAUGGUGAGAACGAGGACAACACGGGGACGACCAACGAGAAUACCACACAGGACACUGCUGCUGCUGGCUGCGAUUCCAUCUCAACGGAGGAUCAUCAAGUUAAUGCAGAAACUUCAGCCAUUAGCAACGAGGAUGACAAACAUGAUAAUCAACAGAAAGAUGAGAAGGAAAAAGACAAUGAAGGUGACAAAAAGGAAAAGAAAGAUGAAAGUAAAGAGAGUGGUGCUCGUAAUCUCUGGAUAAGUGGAUUAUCAGGGGACACUCGUGCCAAAGACCUGAAGCAACUCUGCAGUAAACAUGGAAAAGUAAUUGGAGCGAAAGUAGUAACAACAGCGAGAUGGCCUGGAUCACGUUGUUUUGGAUAUGUUACCGUGGCUACAGCACAAGAUGCGGAAAACUGCAUCAAAAAUUUGCACAGAACAGAGCUACAUGGUCGCAUGAUUUCUGUUGAGAAGGCUAAAUCGGAAUCUGAGUCGUCAUCCCGUAGACAACCAGUGGUGCGGCCUGAACGACGGCCAAGUAAGGACAAGAAGGAGGAAAGUAAAGAAAAUGAGGAAGUAAAAGACGAAAAUAAAGAUAUCAAAAUUAAAAAGGAAGGGGAUGUGUCUGCUUCUGAGAGCAAUCGCUCUACAUCUCGCACACGAGAAAAGUCUCAUCGCUCUGAUAGGGAAAAGCCUAAAAGGAGCACUAAAAGUAAUGAGCGAAGACGAUCCCCUAGAGAAGUGCUGUCAUUUUCAAAAAUAUGGAAAGAGCGUGACGUCGCCCGGGCCCGCGAGCGGUCCCGCGCCGCCCGCGAGGAGGAGCGCCGCCGUCGCGCCGCCGAGGAAGCCUUGCGGGAACGCGAGCGCCGACAGCGACAGGAGAAACAUCGUCUCGCGCUCGAGAGAGAGAAACUCCGUGCUGAACGUGAAAAAAUUGAACGUGAGAAAAAUGAACUGCUGAGAUUAGAGCGUGAGCGACAUAGAUUGGAACGUGAGAAACUUGAGCUUGAGAGGUUGGAACUGAAAAGAGCACAACUCAGAUUAGAGGAAGAACGUCGUAAGCGCGGGUACGAGAGUACCAGCGGCGGAGGGUCUGGAGGUGGUGGGUACCGCGGGGGUGUAGAGCCGGCCUACGAGCGCGAGCGACACAAGCGGGCCGCUCCGCCCCCGCCCCCGCCGCCCCGCGCCCACUUUGACGCACCCCCUCCACCGCGCUUCGACACCGCGCCGCGCGACCGUGACCGCGACUACAAGCGCGACUACCCGCGACACGUCUCCUCGAGUGCAAUUAAAUACUCGAGCAACGGAAGCACUAACGAUGACGCGAGGCAACCAAUACCGCCUGGAACUAGACCGAAGGAACCUGGCCGUUCGUAUGACUCCCGUGAAAGUCGUUCAUACCGCCCGUCGCCGCCAGCCAAGCCAGAGGUUCGCUGGAACACUGCGCCGCGAUAUACUGAUUCGGCACCCCCCACCAAAGGUAGUAGUGGCGGCGGUGGUGGCGGAGGCGGGGGCGGCGGCGGCGGCAGCAGCGAGGUGUGGAGCGGGGACACGCGAUACACCGGCUACGAGGCGCGCUCCUACCAGUCCUACCAGCCGCCGCCGCCGGGUGCCUCCUACCCCGACAGAUACGCACCGCCCUCUCGAGACUAUCCACGCAAAUACUAGGUCUGCAUACUACCGCUAACAUCAGUGUGAGUUUUUAACGUUCUCGAUAUCGUAAAAGUUAGCUUUUAUUUGUAUGGAAUGGGAUCGUUUGCUUACGUUUGCCGUUAGGGGCGCUGUUCCAACUGCAUACAAAAUUGGAUUAACUUUUACGCUAUCGAGAAAGUUAAAAAACUCGCACUAAGCACACAGGAGGCCUAACUUGUAAUAAUUAAAUAGAUACAUAAUUAUACUUCAAAAGCAUAAUA